ACAGAGCGAAUUAAAGGGAAAUUGUAGUUCGAUGAGUUCCCCUAAAACUACCUGCUAUGAAUAUGAUAACAAUUGAUUAAAUUAAUAAGCAAUGGGAAGGAAGGAAGGAAGGUGGGUGUGUAUUGGAGGACCCAAGUUCGUGGUAGCCCACUAACCCUUUACGUUGCUGCCACAACCAUCCACUUUACAGCUCACUUUUCGCUUGCUUAAAACCAUCCAAGUCUCUACCAUCCCACAUAUUACUUGGUGGUAUAUGUAUUAAUAUUCUAUAUAUUCCAAUUGCUUUUAGGCCGUAGAACAUCAAAUAUGGGUGUCAUUGCUUCAAAUGCUUCUGCAGGCCGACUGCAAAUCUCUCUUCUGUUUUGCUUUUUGGUGGCUGCUUUUGCCGGUCACUUUUACGAUGACUUUCGCAUAACCUGGGGAGAGGAUAAAGCCAAGAUACUUAACAAUGGAGACCUUCUUACUCUUUCUCUCGACAAAAUCUCUGGCUCGGCCUUCCAGUCCAACAAGAAGUAUCUUUUCGCAAAGAUUGAUAUGCAGAUCAAACUUGUACCUGGCAAUUCUGCUGGCACCGUCACUGCCUACUAUCUGUCCUCACAAGGGCAAUACCAUGAUGAGAUAGACUUUGAAUUCCUCGGGAACUUAAGUGGUCAUCCAUACAUCCUCCACACUAACGUCUUUUCUCAAGGCAAGGGCAACAGAGAAGAGCAAUUCUACCUCUGGUUUGAUCCCACUGCAGAUUUCCACACCUAUACCAUCCUUUGGAAUCCCCAACGCAUUGUCUUUUAUGUGGAUGGCAUUCCCCUCAGAGAGUUCAAGAACCUAGCAUGGAUGGGUAUCCCAUUCCCAACAUACCAGCCAAUGAAAUUAUACUCCAGUCUUUGGAAUGCUGAUAACUGGGCAACAAGAGGUGGACUUGUGAAGAUAGAUUGGACCCAAGCACCCUUCAAUGCUUCCUAUAGGAAUUUCAGUGACAGUAAUGCUUGUGUUUCAUAUUGGGGUCCCACUACUUCUUGCACUACUUCAGGGACAAGGGGAGGCUGGUUUUGGCAAACGCUUGAUUACAGUGAUCAGGAAAAGCUCAAAUGGGUUCAGGACAAUUACAGGAUCUACAACUACUGCCAAGACAUAGAGCGGUUCCCUCAAGGGUUGCCCCCAGAAUGUUAUAUUUCUACCGACUACUAGCUGGAACGCUGCGCUUCGUACGUACGUCUAGUUCGAAGCCUAAAUUGAAGUUUUGCUCUUUUUUUGGAUUUCCAUAAUUCCUUACUUCUUUUAAUUUCUUUUUUCACAAUAUCAUGUCGAAUAUCCCCCAAUAAACUCGGCCUGUUUUUACAGUUUACGUACGUGUUAUAUAAUAAUCA